GGCCCCGCCCCUUGGCCCGGGCGGUCCGGGGUCCCCGGCGGGGCGGGGGUCGGCUCUGGCCCGGGGGCUUCCGGGCGCGGCGCCAUGGCCUCCGAGGCGGUGAAGGUGGUCGUGCGCUGCCGCCCCAUGAACCAGCGGGAGCGGGAGCUGCGCUGCCAGCCGGUGGUGGCUGUGGACUGCGCGCGCGGCCAGUGCUGCAUCCAGAACCCGCGCGCCGCCGACGAGCCGCCCAAGCAGUUCACCUUCGACGGCGCCUACCACGUGGACCACGUCACCGAGCAGAUCUACAACGAGAUCGCCUACCCGCUGGUGGAGGGCGUCACUGAGGGCUACAAUGGCACCAUCUUUGCCUACGGUCAGACAGGCAGCGGGAAGUCCUUCACCAUGCAGGGCCUGCUGGACCCGCCCUCCCAGAGAGGCAUCAUCCCCAGGGCCUUCGAGCACGUGUUCGAGAGUGUCCAGUGUGCAGAGAACACCAAGUUCCUGGUCCGGGCCUCCUACCUGGAGAUCUACAAUGAAGAUGUCCGGGACCUCCUGGGGGCUGAUACCAAGCAGAGGCUGGAGCUGAAGGAGCACCCGGAGAAGGGUGUGUACGUGAAGGGGCUGUCCAUGCACACGGUGCACAGCGUGGCCCAGUGCGAGCGCAUCAUGGAGGCCGGCUGGAAGAACCGCUCUGUCGGCUACACGCUGAUGAACAAGGAUUCCUCACGCUCCCACUCCAUCUUCACCAUCAACAUCGAGAUCUCUGCCUUGGAUGAGUGGGGCAAGGACCAUCUCCGGGCGGGCAAGCUGAACCUGGUGGACCUGGCGGGCAGCGAGCGGCAGUCCAAGACCGGGGCCACUGGCGAGCGGCUCAAGGAGGCCACCAAGAUCAACCUGUCGCUGUCGGCGCUGGGCAACGUCAUCUCGGCGCUGGUGGACGGGCGCUGUAAGCACAUCCCCUACCGGGACUCGAAGCUGACACGGCUGCUGCAGGACUCACUGGGUGGCAACACCAAGACGCUGAUGGUGGCCUGCCUGUCGCCUGCGGACAACAAUUACGAUGAGACACUCAGCACGCUGCGCUACGCCAACCGGGCCAAAAACAUCAGGAACAAGCCGCACAUCAACGAGGACCCCAAGGAUGCACUGCUUCGCGAGUACCAGGAGGAGAUCAAGAAGCUCAAGGCCAUCCUGACGCAGCAGAUGAGUCCCAGCAGCCUGUCAGCCCUGCUGUCCAGUCAGGCGCCCCCAGACCCUGUGCAGGUGGAGGAGAAGCUGUUGGCUCCGCCUGUGAUCCAGUAUGACAUGGAAGCCGAGAAGCAGCUGAUCCGGGAGGAAUAUGAAGAGCGCCUGGCCCGCCUGAAAGCCGACUAUAAGGCUGAGCAGGAGUCUCGGGCCAGGCUGGAAGAAGACAUCACUGCCAUGCGCAACUCAUAUGAUGUCAGGCUGUCCACGCUGCAGGAGAACCUGCGGAAGGAGACAGAGGCUGUCCUGCAGGCGGGAGUCCUCUACAAGGCUGAGGUCAUGUCCAAGGCUGAGGUCAUGUCCAAGGCUAAGGUCAUGCCUAGGGCUGAGUUUGCCAGCAGGUCUGAGUACCCGCCUGCUUUCCAGUAUGAGACGGUGGCGAAGCCCGAGGUCUUCUCCACAGCUGACCCUCUGCCCAGUGACGAUGUCUCCAAGACUGAGCUUUCCACCAGGUUUGCGGAGCUGCCCAAGGUGGAGCCCUCCAAGUCUGAGAUUUCUCUGGGCUCCAGUGAGUCAUCCACGCUUGAAGAAACCUCUGUGUCUGAGGCUUUCCCUGGGCCCGAGGAGCCCUCCAAUGUGGAGGUCUGCACGCCCAUUGUGCAGUCUGGGAGCAGGUACUCCCUGGAUGAGUGCCUCGGGCAGGAGUCCGCUGGGCAUCUGCUGGGGGAGCAGAACUACCUCCAGGAAGAGGAGCUGCAGGAGGAGCCCCUGCAGGGGUUACUAGGCCUGUGGGACCCAUUUGCCGAGGUGGAAGCCAAGCUGGCCAGACUCUCCUCCACCGCAGCCAGGACAGACGCACCCCAGGCAGAUAUCCCCAAGGUCCCCGUGCAGGACCCCGUGCUGACAGACCUGCUGGGGCCUGGGGAUGCCAGGCCUGAAGCUGAGGCGGCUGAUGACUUCCUGCCCAGGCCUGAGGCGGAUCUGGUCUCGGAAGUGGCCUUGGAGAUGGUGCCGACAGCAGAGCCUGGCAUGGGGUUAGAGGCUGAGGCUCCAAUGGCCCCGGGGGCUCAGCCUCAGCCCCCGCCAGCCAUGGCCAACGUGAGGAGGGAAAGCAUGGGCGUGGAGGUGGCAGUGCUGCCCGUAGCGGACCAGCAGCAAGUGCUAGCCCGUCUGCAGCUGCUGGAGCGGCAGGUGGUGGGUGGAGAGCAGGCCAAGAACAAGGACCUGAAGGAGAAGCACAAGCGGCGCAAGCGGUACGCAGAUGAGCGCAGGAAGCAGCUGGUGGCCGCCCUGCAGAACGCGGAUGAGGACAGCGGGGACUGGGUGCUGCUCAACGUCUACGACUCCAUCCAGGAGGAAGUGCGGGCCAAGAGCAAGCUGCUGGAGAAGAUGCAGAGGAAGCUUCGGGCCGCAGAGGUGGAGAUCAAGGACCUGCAGUCCGAGUUUCAGCUGGAGAAGAUCGAUUACUUGGCCACCAUCCGCCGGCAGGAGCGCGACUCCAUGCUCUUGCAGCAGCUGCUGGAGCAGGUGCAGCCCCUGAUUCGCAGGGACUGUAACUACAGCAACCUUGAGAAGAUUCGGCAUGAGUCCUGCUGGGAUGAAGAUAACGGCUUCUGGAAGAUCCCACAGCCCGCCAUCAUCAAAACCAGCCUCCCAGUAGCAGUUUCAACUGGGCCACAGAAUAAACCAGCCCACAAAACCUCUGCAGCAGACAACAGCGAGCAGAACAUGGAGGAGGACCGCUACAGACUCAUGCUCAGUCGGAGCAACAGUGAAAACAUCGCCAGCAACUACUUCCGGUCUAAGCGGGCCAGCCAGAUCCUCAACACGGACGCCAGGAAGAGCCUCACAUAUCACAACUCGCCACCAGGCCUCGGCUGCCCACUCAGCAACAACCCUGCCAUCCCCCCUACUCAGGCCCCUGAAAUGCCCCAGCCCCGGCCCUUCCGCCUCGAGUCCCUCGACAUCCCUUUCACCAAGGCCAAGCGUAAGAAAAGCAAAAACAACUUUGGCAGUGAGCCUCUGUGAGCACAGCUGCCCGCUGUUGCCUGCCUUAUAGGCUUCUAGAGACUGCCAGGCCCUCCCAGGGCAGCCCCAGCCAGGCCUCCCUCCCACCCCCCACACAGUGCUCUGGGGCCCGAGGGCUCCUUUAGCCCUGGGAAUACACAUUGCCUUCCCUGUUCCCCAGAGAGCCCACCUGUGCCUGGGGCAGGAGCCCCUUGGAGGCUGGACUGUCCUCCUUAGAGAGGCCUGCACCAUGUCAGUGUUUCUGUCUGCUCACCUGCCACUGAGCCCACCAACCAUGCCCACCAGUGUUGGCCUUUGCCUCAAAGCCUCGGAGCUGCUUCAUGGCCUUCACCAGCCCUGAUGGAGUGGGCAGCAACUGCCACGUGAAGGAAGCUCAGUAUCAGCUGGGAAGGAACUGUGCCUCUGUCUGACUGGCCCCACUUCCUGAGAACUGCCUCGACCCGUGGGGUGGCACAGGGGUCCCACAGCAGCUCUUCCUGCACUGCCCACCCCUGGCUGGACUGUGGCCCAGGGAAGGCGACUCCACAUUAAACUGACCAAUAAACUGCUUUUAAGA